AUGGAACUGGUGGAGUUGGUCGGGUUCGUCCUCGGCCACGUCGACCACGGUCACCCUGCCCGCCUGCCGCGCCCCAGCCCCACCAGCUACUACGCUAAGAAGGUGGCCAGGAAGGGCUGGCUCCCGGUACUGCAAUGGGCGCGUGCCAACGGCUGCCUGUGGGACCACUGGACCUGCGCCGUUGCCGCCGGCCAUCUCGAGCUGCUUCCAUGGACCCGGGCCAACGGCUGCCCGUGGGACACCUGCAACGCCGCGCGCAAAGGCCGACUCGAGGUGCUCAAGUGGGCGCCCGCCAACGGCUGCGAGUGGGACAGCUGUACGUGCGCAGCCAGGAGCGGCCAUCUUGAGGUCCUGCCUUGGCUGCGGGCCAACGGCUGCCUGUGGGACUCAGAGACCUGCGCCCUCGCCGGUAAUCUCGAGCUGCUCCAGUGGGCGUGGGCCAACGGCAUGCGCUAA